GGAGACUCUGGCCCGCUGGGCGAGUGCGCUUGCGUGCACCCGCGAGUGGCUUACUGAAGCUGCAGUGUCGGAACCUGGGGCGGUUCAGUCGUGGGUUCGAGUCCAGGGUCUUCGCUUCGCUGGUUCGUACCCUUGGCCACGAUGCUGUUCGACAAGGUGAAGGCGUUCUCAGUACAGCUGGAUGGCGCGAGUGCGGGCGCCGAACCCGUGUUCUGCGGCGGUCAGGCCGUCGCCGGCCGGGUGCGACUGGAGCUUUCCGGCCCGGCUCGCGUAGGCACGCUAAAGCUGCGCGCACGGGGCCGAGCCCACGUGCACUGGACCGAAUCCCGCAGCGCAGGCUCGAGCACCGCAUACACGCAGAGCUACAGUGAGCGUGUGGAGGUCGUGAGCCACCGAGCUACGCUGCUCGCUCCAGACACCGGAGAGAUCACGACGCUACCUCCUGGACGCCACGAGUUCCCAUUCAGUUUCCAGCUGCCCCCGACCCUGGUGACCUCAUUUGAGGGCAAACACGGCAGUGUCCGAUAUUGCAUCAAGGCCACCCUGCACCGACCCUGGGUCCCUGCCCGAAGGGCAAGGAAGGUAUUCACUGUCAUUGAGCCGGUGGACAUCAACACACCAGCCUUGCUGGCCCCUCAGGCUGGAGCACGGGAGAAGGUCGCCCGAUCCUGGUACAGUAACCGAGGCCUCGUCUCCCUUUCAGCCAAGAUUGACCGCAAGGGCUAUACACCAGGUGAGGUCAUUCCCGUCUUUGCUGAAAUUGACAACAGCUCCACCCGCCCAGUGCUGCCCAGGGCCGCCGUGGUCCAGACACAGACCUUCAUGGCUCGAGGUGCCCGGAAGCAGAAACGAGCUGUAGUGGCCAGUCUCUCUGGCGAGCCUGUGGGCCCCGGGCGGCGGGUGCUGUGGCAGGGCCGGGCACUGCGAAUCCCCCCUGUCGGUCCGUCCAUCCUGGACUGCCGUGUGCUGCACGUGGACUACGCCCUCAAGGUCUGUGUGGACAUCCCGGGCACAUCCAAGCUGCUCCUGGAGCUGCCACUGGUCAUCGGCACCAUCCCCCUGCACCCUUUUGGCAGUCGCUCUUCCAGUGUGGGCAGCCAUGCCAGCUUCCUGCUGGACUGGGGGCUGGGAGCCCUCCCAGAGCCUCCUGAGGCCCCUCCUGAGUAUUCGGAGGUGGUAGCAGAAGAGGCCGUGGCAGCUUCGGCACAGAGCCCCUUCCCGGAGCUGCGGGACCACCACAUGAACCUGGAAGGCCCUUUCUUCGCCUACAUUCAGGAAUUCCGCUACCGCCCACCACCCCUAUACUCAGAGGAACUGUCACGCGUAGACGGCACAGCCCAGACCCACCUGUGAGCCCUGUCUGCUCGAAGUGCCACUCACCCCUGGCUGCCCACAUGUGGGAGGGCCAGGGAGGGGCGUUUCUGGCCGUGGGUUCCCCCAACACUGGACAGGACCAUUUUCUACAGGAGGAUCCAAACCCGCCCUCCGAGGCCCUGAGGCCACGCUGCAUGACCUGCUGAGGGGCAAACGACUCCCUUGAAGGACAAGGUUACGCACAUGCUUCCAGCCACCAUGGACCCGGGAGGGCUGGGUCAAGGAGACCAGCCUGACUGCACUGGAUUUGGGGAAACUAAGUCUUGGACAGAGACAGGGCUGUUUCAGCGCCACGGAUGAGGAAGAGCCAGGCUGAAGUCUGGCUUGUUCGGACUGGCCAUCCACAUCAGGCAUCCAGUGCCCAGCAUAGGAUAGGAUGCCACCUGUGCCAGCUUCUGGGUAGGACUGAGGCCCCGUGACUGUCUAGUCUGAUGGAGACAGAGCCGUGCAGUCUCAUGGGACCAGAGGAAGGGGCUCAGCUGGAAGAGUCCCAAGAGGGAGCAAAGACGACUUCUGGGAGGAGAGGGCUCAGGCCUUGGUGUAUGACCAGUAGCUCAACAGGAAGGCAGGCGAGAGGGAGGAGUCAGAAGGGCAGAACUGAGUCAGGCCUGGAGACUGCCGCCUUCACCUCAGCCCUGGAUCGAGGCAGCAAGUGCCUUGGGCAGACGCACGACACGGUUCUCAGGAACAGGCGCUCAGGGAGGCCAGUGGUAGGAGCUUAGUGGGGUGGCCGCCCCAACUCUGAAGCUUUGGAGAGCCCACUAGUGAUUCUGUCCAAGCUGGAGGACUUGAGGGUCCUCCAAGUACUGCAGGGCAUGAGAAUCAAUCUGGGCCCUGGGGACAAAGGUCAGCCUGCGGUGACCAGCAGGGCAGGGGAGACUCCCGUGUCCUGGAGUGACAAAGCAUGAGGGAGAGCUCAGAAGCUCCCAAAUGGAGAGUUCCAGCCCCAGGUGGGCAGUGUGCUGCCUGGGACGCAGCAUUUACGAUAAGCCUUAAGUCAUUCUCUUUUGUACAAUUACUUUUUUUAAAUAAAAAUAUGGA